AUGUCUGAUCACCCCGACAUGGUUCAGCUCAUGGUCGACUAUCUCUAUACGGGUGACUAUUCGGUCGAUAUAGACGGUACCAGCGAAGAAGACGCAGGCUACGCCUCUACAGCUCUUUCGAUACAUGCCGUAAUGUACUCGUUAGGUGACAAAUACGAUAUUGAAGGACUCAGAAAUGUAUCGACCAAGAAGUACUGCACGGAACUACAUGGUACCUUGAGCACCGACGACUUUUUCUCGUCAAUCCCAUUUGUCUAUGGUUUGACACCCGAGAACUCAAGAGAUCUUCGAGACCCGGUCCUGGCGUUUGCCCGGAACUUGUUAGGCGGUGAAGGGCCGACAACCUUGGGCUUUGUCCGAGAAGCGAUGGACGAGCUGUUUAUCGAAUGUCCGGAAUUUGUCAAAGAGCUUUUGUAUUCUUUGCUCCAAACUCCCCUGAUGGGUUAUUGUCCUUGCACUGGCACCUUGGAUAUGGUGCCUGUCGAAGCGAGAGAAUGUCGUUGCAGGAAAUGUGGUAAAAACGGUGCCAGUCUGAGACGACCGUAG